AUGGAUUGGUGGCAAAUAUCAAUACUAUUGAGCACACAUGGAUUUUUUAAAGAAUACAGACCGUCAGAACCAUUCAUAUCACCAUUUUUAACACAAUAUAAAAAUUUCACUAUCGAACAGAUAAAUCAAGAAAUUUAUCCUCUGGGUACUUAUUUCUAUCUUGGAUUGUUGAUUCUUGUAUUUUUGCUCACAGAUUAUUUGAGAUAUAAGCCAAUUGUUGUGACUGGUGGUUUUUCAGCUGUGAUAACUUAUAUAUUAUUAAUUUAUGGAGAAACAUUAGACACAAUGAAGAUUGUCGAAUUUUUUUAUGGUUUUUUCAUGGCAAGCGAAGUGGCUUAUUUUACAUACAUGUAUGCAAAAGUCGAUAAGGUUCAUUAUCAGAAAGUAACAGGGUAUUCAAGAGCUGCCAUUUUAUUAGGGAAUGCGAGUGCUGGUCUCUCGUCACAAUUAUUAGUUACCUUUAACCUAAUUAAUUAUUUACAACUUAAUUAUUUAACUUUAGGCGGAGUGGCUUUGGGAACUUUGACGUCAAUUUUCCUACCCGGAGUGAGUCAAAGUCUUUACUUUCACAGAGAUUCAUCCGAAGACAUAACGGGUAAUAAUUCCGAUUACAACAACAACAGCAGCAGCAUAACGAUAGUAGAUUAUAAAAAGAAAAAAUUUAUAAAUGGGAAAUUUCGUAGAGCAUUUAAUAAUUUUUACGCGGAUUUUAAACAAGCAUUUACAAACACUUACGUUUUGCAGUGGAGCAUUUGGUGGGCCAUGGCGUCAUGCGGUCACUUGCAGGUGAUUUCGUACUGUCAAUUAUUAUGGGAAGAUAUAAUUCAAAAAACAAAUGAAGAAUUAUACAACGGUUACGUGGAUUGUGCAUCUUCCGUUUUGGGUGCUGCAAUUAGUUUUCUUAUCGGUUACAUAAACGUGAAAUGGAAUUCAUGGGGUCAAAUCUCGCUUGGAUUUCUCACGAUAUUCCAAGGAUGUUUUUUAUAUUAUUGCGCUUACAUAAAUAAAUUAUAUUUAGCUUAUUUAAUGCAUCUUAUUUAUCAAAUAUUUUACAACGCGGCCAUAACGGUGGCAACGUACGAAGUAGCCAAAUUCAUAAAGGAAAGAAGUCACGGAUUAGUUUUUGGUAUAAAUACAUUUUUAGCAUUAGUUUUACAAUCCAUUCUCACGGCCGUAGUCAUUCGUGCUUUAAAAACGGAUAUUAGAAAUCAGUUUAAAGUUUACGGAGGUUAUCACGUGGUUAUAGGAAUUGGAUUUUUAGUCGCUAGCAUAUUUAGAUUAUUUUCCCAUAGAUGA